UCCUGCCUUUGGGGCUGCAUCUUCUCCUGCUCUUCUUCCUUGCCAUGCCUCGCUCCUUCUUGGUCAAGAAGCCUUCCUCCAGCACCCGCCGGGUGCCCAACUAUGGCCAGCUGGAGAGCCAGCACCAAGAAUCCAAUGGAUCCUGGAAGCAGGUGGCAUUCCCUCUCCUCAUUCAGGACACCUUGGCAUGCCCGGCGGCAGCACCCUACGAAGCCGAGAGUCUAUGGGAACGCGGCUCCAUCGUCGCUUGCCUCUCUCCUCCUCUUCCUCAGAGCAUUGAGACCAAGAGUGAACCCAUUUCAGGACCCCAAGUCGGCAUCGUGGAGGGCACCGAAGGCAGCCGCUUUGUGGCUACCCCUCUCCGAGACAACCAGAACAACCUCAACCUCCCUCCUCCGUUCAGCCUGCCCCACCGGAGGACUCCCAACCUGGGCAGCCUGGCAGAAGGAGAAGGGAGUAUAUUGCUGGGGGAACCAGGCAUGGCCGCCGAACCUCGGGGACCCUUUGAAUGUUCGGACUGCUGCAAGGCCUAUGGCACAGCUUCGGGUCUGUCGCGGCACAGGCAGCAGCGCUGCAAGGUGCAGGCGGUGGCCAGGAAAUAUUUCACCUGCAAGUACUGUGACAAGGAAUAUGCCAGUUUAGGUGCCCUGAAGAUGCACAUCCGUACCCACACACUGCCCUGCAUUUGCAAAAUCUGCGGCAAAGCCUUCUCCCGGCCCUGGUUGUUGCAGGGCCACAUCCGGACGCACACAGGAGAGAAGCCCUAUGCCUGCUCCCUUUGCAACCGCGCUUUCGCCGACCGCUCCAACCUCCGCGCCCAUUUGCAGACCCAUUCCGAAGUCAAGAAGUACCAAUGCCACUCCUGUCUGAAGACCUUUUCCCGGAUGUCUCUCCUCUUGCGGCACGAAGAGGCGUCCUGCUGUCCUGCUGCGACCUGAUGCAGCUUUACGAUCCUCUGCAACCGUUUUGGAGGGCUAAGAAAAGAGACUUGGAAGGCUGAAGAAAUGCACCACAAAGCACUAAGAUUGGAAAGGCAUCCUAGAGCAAAAACAUUGGACCUCUAUGGACUGACCCCUUAUUCCAAAGAACGCUUGACUUCCUAACCGGUCCCAAGAGCUCAGUCCUUCCCAAACUGAAAACAGAUUGCUCUGCGGCCCAAUUAUUUUGUGCAAUAAUUUUACAAUUCUGGGAUGCUGGUUGGUUUUGAAAUCCUCAUGCGCUGAAUUCUUCUCCAAAACUUUUAUCUAUCUUGCAUUCUGGAUGCGAUGAUCCACCAAAACUGUGCACCUUGUACCCAAGCGAAAGCGUUUCCUUGGACUAUCUGGUUGUUCGGACAUUGAGGAAUUUUCUUGCUUUCUGCUUCCAAUUCAAAAGUAUUGUUUGGGGUGGAAAAAAACAAAGGAAGCCCAUCCAUGCUCUGCUUCCGCUUGUUUCCUUUUGGCAUUAAAGGAUUCCCCUCUUCUGAUCUGAGAUUGUGGUCAUUUAUUGACUUUUGGUGACCGUAAGAUGCCAUUGUCUUGGC